AUGGGAGAUAUCUGGCUGGUUGGGUUGAUGGGGCUUGUGUACGUCUGGUUUCCCAAGGCUGCUGCUCAGAAUCUCAUAAAAAGCCCCAGGGACCAGAAAACAGAGCAUACCCUCUUAAUUAAUGAAGUCAAUGCUGACAGCCCAGGAGAGGACACUUCUGAGUUUGUGGAGCUCUAUCACACCAGCGGUCAAACAGCCCGCUUGGAUGGCUACUAUCUGGUCUUCUACAACGGCAAUGGAAACCGAGCCUACAAAGUUUUAAACCUCCAGGGCAAAGUUACUAACAACCAAGGGCUCUUUCUCAUUGGCUCCUCUUCUGUGAACCCUGCUAUGGUUAUUCCGAAGAACACUAUCCAGAACGGCCCUGACGCAAUUGCUCUCUACUAUGGAAAAGGGAACUACAAGGAAGGCAUGGGUGUCACAAAUUAUGGACUAGUAGAUGCCUUGGUCCAUAAGACUAAGAAGACAGACAGAGCAGACACACUGGUCAGGGUACUGACCCCUGGCAGAGAUGCUUUCCUGGAGGACUCCACCUUCAGGACCAUGGAUGAGUCAAUAGAAAGGUGCCGUGGGUCAGAUUCUCAGUGGAUCUUCCAAGUGGCCAUGCCCACUCCAGGCACAGACAACCACUGCAUCCUAACUUCUCAGCUGAACGCAUCUGCCGUCCUGAUCAGUGAGGUCCUUCCUGCGUCUUCUUCCGAAGAAUUCGAGUUCAUAGAGCUUCAGGGUCCGCGCUCCACCAUGCUGAGGGACAUUGUCCUGGUGUUGAUCGAUGGUCAGACCAAAGACAUUUAUUUGACCAUGGAUGUUUAUGGCAAAACCUCACUGGAUGGGCUACUUCUGAUCGGUCCCGCACAAAGCAAAACCCCAGUGAAUCUGCCGUUCCCGGAGAACAUCACCCGUCCUGUCCUCAGAGGUGGCCCCAAUGCCGUUGCCCUCUACAGAGGCAACAGCAGCAGUUUUGUCCCAGGGGCGGCGCUGCCAGUGACCGGCCUGUUGGAUGCCUUCAUGUACACAAGCAACGAGGAACCAAACCCUGAGCUGCUGGAGACCCUGACCCCUGGCAGACCUGCCUACAAGGAAAAGCGGCACCAGCUGGGAGAUGUGUCCAUGAGUCAGUGCAACUGCUGCUCGGUGACCCGGGACUCCCUGUCCUACGUCCUCAGCAGGCCCACCCCUGGCAUGUUCAAUGAUUGCCCCAGCAAACGCUUCAGCCAGACUGUCUCAUUCUGCUUUCAUGUAACAGAUUGCCAGGAGUGGUUUCUGAAGUCAGAAGAGAUCCUGAUGACUCUGGUCCAGGCCCUCGAUGGAUCCUGCAGCUGUGGAGUCUCUGCUGCUUACUUCAAAGAGCCAAAGGCAGCCUGCCAGGACCUGGGGCUUGUGUUCACCACUCUGCUAACUGCUAAGUCAGAGGACCAGCUGAGCAGCCUGCUGCUAGCCUUCAAGACCUUCCUGGAGACGCCCAGACUUGUGAGUUUUGACAGAAGGAACAUCACAGCAGAAAGCUCCUGCUCCAAGGAUAUUAAUGUGCCAGACUUGCCUCCAGGUGUCCCAUCAGAGAUACCAGAAGGGACUCAAGAGCCUUCUGCACAAGUGGCCAAGCUACUCAUCAACGAGGUGAACCCAGACAACCCAGGGGGAGAAGAGGAUGCAGAGUACAUUGAACUCUUCUACACUGGACAGACACGCUUCGACCUCCAGGGAUACUGGUUGGUUCUCUACAAUGGUAAAAAUAACCGGGCCUACCAGGUGUUGGACCUCUCUGGACACCACACAGAUGAGCUGGGUUACUUCUUGGUGGGGAGCAGCGCUGUGCACCCAGCACCCAUGAUCAGGCUGCCCCCCAACACCAUCCAGAAUGGGGCAGACGCUGUGGCUCUCUACUGCAGCAACACCACCCUCUACACGGUGAACAUGGCUGUGACUGCAGAGGGGCUGGUGGAUGCUGUGGUCUACACGUCCCGAAUGCCAGAGAAGGCAGACCAGCUAGUCAAAGUGCUGGUACCAGGGCAAAGCAUCCUGUAUGAAAACGAUUCUCACAGCACUGAGGAUGAGUCUCUGAGCCGCUGCCACAGCCUGAGCACAAAACUCCAGAGCAGCUUCCAGGUGACCAUGGUGACGCCUCUGGGGGAGAACUUCUGCAGCAGCUCCUCAGUGCUGGUCCCUCCUGCCAUCCGCAUCAGCGAGCUGUGCCUGGCUGGCAGCACUACCCCCUAUCGCUUCGUUGAGCUGGAAGGGAAGCCUGGCACAAGCCUGGUCGGGCUCAGCCUGGUCUUCUUCUCAGGGUCGGAGGACAAGGCGCAUGCCAGUGUCCCACUGAGGGGCACCAUCGGAGCCACGGGGCUGUUCGUGUUUGCACUGGACGGAGGGCACGGGCAUGAUGGGACAAACCUGACUUUCAAGGACAUCACUGCUGCUAGCAAAGGCUCCAGCGCUAUUGCAGUGUACAGCACCAGCUUGAUUACUGGUGGCACAAAGGCAACAUUAGAGAACUUGGUGGAUGCCGUGGUUUACACAUGUGAGCCCAGCACAGCUGGAGGACACUUGGACUUCCUCGGACCAUCUUACACUGUGCCCUGCAAGGAUGACAGGCCUGUGUCCCUGAGCCGCUGCGCCUGCAGCAAUGCCAGCACAGAGCUGCAGUUUGCCAUCUCGGACCCUACCCCUGGUCUGCAGAACAGCUGUCCUCAGGACGCCUUUGCGGUGGAUCUCCACCUCUGCCUUCUGACACCAAACUGUUCCAUGUGGACCCUGCACCACAGGAGGCUGCUGGAAAGCUUGGGAAAGGUCUUGGUGAGCUCCCUAGAGGAGAAGUGCUCCUGCGGAGUCUCUGAACUCUACCUGCAAGAGCUGAACCUGACGUGCGUGGGCUCCCUGGUGCAGGUCUGGGGCCAGGUGUGGGCUCAGCAGCUGGAGCAGCAGCAGUCCAUCGAGACCUGGCGCCAGGGCUUCAUGGCCAGCCCCGACCCCUUCUCCGUGGAUGGGAGAGUGCUGAAAAUCAGUCCUGAGUGCAUCGCCCCAAAAAAUACACUGUCUGUGUCGCACAGCGGUGCUUCCUUCCAGGGCUGGGAAAUUGCCUUGUUUGUCGUGGGAUCUCUCCUGCUCAUGUUCUUGUUGGUCAGCCUGGCAUUUUGCUUCAUCAAAAGACAUCCCCAAAAUUACACCAACAUCGAAAUGAAUGACUGCGGGGAGAUUGCAGCCGACUUCUAA